AUGUCCACUCAAAAAGUACCCAUUCACCGAUUACCUUUACCGUCUUCUACGCUCCAACACACCUUACCUCAACUUGCGUUAUCUGAUCAACCAUCUUCGCAAAGACGGGCAACGACAUUCAAGUCCUCUAUCGAAGGGAUAUGGGCUCGUGUCAAUCCAUUAUGGGCUUCGUGGCCAUUACGUCUCACCAAGGAAGAAGCUCUGAAGAUGGGUGUAGACGUAGAUAAAGGUGGACAAGUAAAUGUCGAAGAUGUACUACGAAGAUGGGAUCCGGUCAAUCUGGAACAUACUGGAAUUCCACAUGAUUCAGAAGAAGAAACCAAUGGUUUAAAUACGUUUACAUCUGAUCAUAGAAUGAAAUUGGAUCCCAUAUUAUUAGGUAUAUCAACCAAUACAUUGAGAGAUUCAUUACCACAUUUAACGGUUGGUGAUGCUCCUACAAUCUGUAACAGAGGUGCAUCACCUUCACCAGAUUCAACUCCAGCUGCUCUAGUCAGGAAUGCUCUUGUAGAUAUAUUAUCAGGUAGGAAAAUACUGAAAUCAGAGAAAAAGGAUCAAGAUGGCAAGGAAUAUGGACCUUGGUCAACAAGAUAUUGCGGCCAUCAGUUCGGUAGCUGGGCAGGCCAAUUAGGUGAUGGCAGAGCUAUAUCAAUAUUGGAAACUGAAAGUGAUCAAGGUGGUAGACAAGAAUUACAAUUAAAGGGUAGUGGGAGAACUCCUUUUAGUCGAACAGCAGACGGUUUAGCUGUGUUGAGAAGUGGUGUAAGAGAGUUUUUGGGUUGUGAGGCCGUGGCCGCUCUCGACAUCCCAUCCACUCGAGCACUAGCAUUGCUCACAACUCCUUUCCCCGAUUUACCAGUAAUUCGUGAACAAGGACCUGAGCCUUCGUCUUUACUUUGUCGAGUCAGUCCUUCGUUCAUCAGAAUCGGACAUUUCCAAGCUCUGAACCCAUCCUCGGUGGAUCAAGGGAUGAGGCAAAUCUUCAUGGGUGGUAGAGGAUGGUUAGAUGAUCAAUCAGAGUCUCAAGAGGAAGAAGGAAAUCUGGAAACUCUGAGAAAACUGAGCUUGUGGGUCAAAGACGACAUAAUGGGAAUGAAAAAUUCAACUUUGAAAGAAUGGGUACAAGAGGUCGUCAAGAAGAAUGCGGAAACAGUAGCUAAAUGGCAGGUUUACGGGUGGAUGCACGGUGUUUUGAAUACCGAUAAUAUCGCUUUGACAGGUGUCACAAUUGAUUAUGGACCAUAUGCGUUCAUGGACGUCUAUGAUCCAAAGCACAUAUGCAAUCACUCGGAUCCAUCGGGAUUAUAUAACUACAAGAAUCAACCUUCGAGGGUUCUGUUCGCUUUAGACAAAUUAGUCAACAGUCUUGCUCCAAUAAUAGGCUAUGAAGCUAUCCACUCCUCUCCUCCACCACAAGGAUAUGCAAUAGAUUUGUCUAAAGAGAAGAGGAAAGAAUGGGAUGAAAAAGGCCAGGAGGUCACGAAAGGCUUCGAGGAGAAAUACUGGGAAACAGAGAGACAAGUGGAGAGGAAUGGUUGGUUGAAGCGAUUCGGAUUGAAAACAUAUCAACAGUACGACGAUAGGGAAAUCAUAGCAGAUUAUUUAUCACUUCUUUACACUCAUCGAAUAGAUUUCCAUACUUCAUUCAGGCUAUUAUCAACUUUCAAGGCUUCUCGGAUUGAUGACGUUGACUAUGUGGCAUCAUUCGUUUCCGAUUUUGUGGAGGGAACAACAACUACAAAACCCGAUGAUAGUAUUGAAUCAGCCGAACAAGCUUUGAUAUCAUGGUUGAAGAUAUAUUCCAAAAGAGCAUUGAUCCAAGAUGAACAAUCCAAUUAUGGGGAUAGUGAAAACUGGGAAAUCGCAAGAGAAAAAGAAAUGAAAGCUGUCAAUCCAAGAUUCGUCCUAAGACAAUGGGUGUUAGAAGAAACCAUUGAGAAAAUGGAGAAAGCUUUGACUGAUCCAUAUACCAAACAAGGUGCAUCACAACCUGAAGAAUGGGAGAUUGAUCAAGGUGUAAGAGAAGCCAGAAAGGUUUUAGCUAAGAUUUUGGAUAUGUCAACAAGACCUUUCGAACCUUACGGUGAAAAUCCAGGUAAAGGAUCAGAAUGGGAAGAAGAUAGAAGGCUAUGCGGAUUGGGUAAAAAGGAAAUGUUAGGUUUCCAGUGUAGCUGUUCCAGUUAG